AUAGAUUUUGCGAAGCAGGAAUACACAGUAGGCUACUCAAGAUCCUCAAGACGAUCGGGCUUCGGUUGUAGUGACGUCAUAUUCGGAAAGGCUCGGAAGUUGUCGCGAAGUUAUAUUACGCUCCCAGAAUUCCUCAAUAGUACAUGUCCGCCAUAAGUGCUGGUGGCUGUACGUUGGUUGCGGAGCUGUUUAGUCCGAGACCCAGUACGGCCUCAUGCAGCACUCUCCUUCGGAGAUCAAGGAAAAGUUACUAAAGGCACUCGACAAGGAAUACAAUGUUGUGGACAUGGCUGCAGUGGUUGAGAUCAUUGCCAUCUUGGAAAGAAGUGUCAUCACAAAGGAAGCACUUGAGACUACUCGUCUGGGAAAAUAUGUCAAUGAGCUCCGUCGCAAGACAUCAAAUGAACUUCUUGCAAGACGAGCAAAGGAUCUGGUACGAAGAUGGCGUGUCAUGAUUCAGGAGAACAACACGGCUGGGAGUUCCACCAUGUGUCCUCACAUUCCCACAGCAAUGCAUCAUACAAAUGGGACAAAUCUCUUGUUGCAUCAAGUAAGUCCAGGGCUCCGUUCAAAUGCGAGUCCUAUUCUCCCCCAGUUUGGCAGUGCUACAGGUCGGUGUUACUCACCUACGUUUGCUUCAGGUGGGGAUGCAGCAAAUAAUUUUAUACCAGGUUAUUCCCACUCUCCAGUGAAGUCUUUUCAUACAGGUGAUUCAUGUUUGAGUUCCAGUCUCCAUUUCAAUGAGUCUUCCUCCAUAUCAAAUUCAAGUACCAGUCCAAAAUCACAUCCACUAGCCCCUCAAGUGAAACUUCGUAGUGGUUCAUCAAAUGCUGAUCUGGGACACCAGUUUCAUCCUAGCAUCUUAGUAAAUAUGGACUCUGUACCCAAGACACAUGCAUCAAAUAAGAGACUCAGGAAAGAUUCUCCAUCUCCAGAGGACAUCUCAACUAAAAAAGUCACUCGCCCAAAUGGUCAAGUGGUAAAGGGGUAUGAUUUUAUGAAGGCAUGUAUGCCAGCACAGCCUGAUAUCCAUGGUGAUGGUAGUCGAGACAGCAUAAGUGGUUUGAGCCAGGGCUCCAGUAGCUGUGAGGUAAUUCCACCACCACACAACAAAGUGCCUAUAGUGGAUUUGAUGUUUGAGAUGACCCCUGCUGCUGUGACGACAACCGUAACAACAGCUACUACCACAACUGUGGCUACUAUGGUUACAUCUUCAACAACAUCUGCUCCAGAUCCCUUCACUCGGCCUAGUAUUUGUUCUACUUUUAUUGUUACUGACACUACAACUUCUGCACACAAUACUACAACUAACACCGCAGCUCCUUCUACAGCUUUGAUUGGUACUACUACAGUUACUACAACUGUUUGUUCAACUACUAUUACUGGUACUGUGAUUGGCUCCAAUGCCACUCCUAUUCCUCCCAAAACACGUCGGAAAAAACCCACAAAGUUGAGGCGUUUGUCUGCUAGUGCUUCUGUAACGCAGGCCACAUCUGUGGGUGAUAUUCUGAAGGAGAAAAUAGCAUCCAAAGCACGGACACCUAAAGUGAAAACAACACAGGAAUUAGUUGCUAGUGUACAAGCCAAGACUGGUGGUGCUAGUGGAAACCUUCCUGAAGAUAAAUUAUAUAAUGUAAAUGUACCUUCAUUUGAAAAUAAACCUAGUCUUGCAAAGUGCAUUCUUAUGAGUCGGGGAACGCCCACGGAUGCCUUAGAAAUAUCAAGGAACAAAACUGAACAUAUUGCAAAGUUCCUUCAGUCACAGUCAGACUUUCAUCCCAUGCAGGAAGAUCCUUCUAUUUUAUCUCUUGAAGAACUUGAAGAAUUGAGGUUACAGAAACAUUUGGGGUCUCUUCCUGGCAGUAGUGGUGGGGACAAUUACAAUUCAUCUCCAGCCGAAGUGUCUUCAUUAUCAAAACUGUCAAAGGACAUUCUCCGGCAAUCCUCAUCUUCUAAAGACUCGCAGAGUGCCAGUGCUGUAGUGAUGAACAUUCAGGAUCGAACUGUUGAAGAUAUUCUUGCCAAGCUUCCUCCCAUUGAUGUAGAUGCAAUAUGUUGGGAUGAGUCUAUGACUGGAGGUUCAGAUCUUGAAGGUCCUGUUGUGAAAGAAGUUACAGAAGAAAUUAUCGGAAAGUUGCGCACUGAGCAUAUAGAAAGUCUGAAUGGCAAUGUGAAUGAAGCUGCAAGUUAUGAAGACAGUGAUAAUUUCUGUGAAUGGCAUGAAAUGGUGUCAAAGAAGUCUUAUCAGGGAGAAUUUUUACAUAUAUUGCCUUAUGUUGUAAUAGAUUGACAGUGUAUGGGGGUAUAACGUAAUUCUGAGGAUUGUGCCAACCGUGUAAGGAUACAAAUCUGAGGCAUAUUUAUGUGAUUUUGGGAUAAAGAGUGGUUGUGAAGUUUGAGUGGAUGCAACACUAACUCAGACAGCUAAUGUAAUGAUGCACCAUCUUUUGAGUAUUUAAGUACUGUUACGUGAUUUACCUUCCUUUAGUUAAGUCACCAUUUGAAAAUUGUGACCCUUCAGCCUAUUGUUAAAUUAUAUGUAUAUUUUACUGCAUCCUGUAUGAUAUGUUUACUUUUUAUUGUAUAGCUAAAUUGACUCCAACAUUUUCUCUUCUCCACGUUACUGCAAUUAAUUACUUUCUCUGUUUUAAUUUGACAUUCAUGUUAAUUACAUACUGAAUAUAUUGGUCUGUUUUUUCUACAGUAAUUUCUGGGAAAUAAUUCCUUUCUCAGCGCACUUCAGCAGAUUAUGUGUGUAAUGUCUCAGUUCAGUGAACAGUUUGUUUCAAAUGUAUUCCUAGUUUCAAAUAUAUAUAUUUUUUUGGUUAUUUAUUUUAUGUAACUUCUUUUUUUAAUAUUUAUACAUAUCUCUUAAUUGUUUGAAACUGCAGCUGUGGUCUUAUAUAGUUUUGUACAGGCACAGGACUGUAAACUGAACAAAAUAAGUCUGUUAAUAUUAUACUGUGUUAUAUUUUAUGAAGUUUCAUUCCCAAGGUUUGUAAUAUGUAUAAAUAUUAAGUAAUUUUGUUACUAGAAAAUGAUGAUUAAACUAUGUUAACUCCAUAUGAUGAGGUAAUCAGUUGUACUUGAAAGGUCACUUGUAUUGUUUCAGUUUAUUUGCAAGUCAUGGAAUACAGAGAGAACUCAGA